AUGGUGUAUGGAUUGGGAUUUAAUAGUGAGGGUCGGCUCGGGUUAGGACACAACACAACCAUUCAUACACCACAACGAGUGCCAGAAUUAUGCCAUCAAAAUGUACAUCAGUUUAUCAGUGGAUCUGACUUUGUAUUGGCUGUCAAUACGGAUAAUAAUGUGAUAUUCAGUUUUGGUCGCAAUUGUUGGGGACAAUUGGGACGGCAUGUGGAUAGGGAUGCGAAUCUUGGUGGGGGUGUAAUGACAGGGGACAGGUUGGUUGUGGCGAUGAAC